UGUGGGCUGUCUUCUGACUGUCGAGCAGUGGAAAGGCAGUCUGUUGUAAUCAGAUGCAGUGAGCAGACCCACUUCCAAUUGGUGUUCAGGAGCAGCCAGAACUCUUCAGGACCUCUUCAGAAUUACUCAAGGACCUCUCCAGGACUUGUCCAGAAGACAGAACCAGUGAAGUGCAGCCCUGAGCAGUCAUAGUGGAGUGGUCAGGAAGGACAGAGAAUCAUGGACCAGUGCCUCUUUGCUUUGGAGCUGGUGGGGAUGUUGGUGUUCAUGGCAGCCUGGCUUUGUGCCCUGGCCUCUACCCUGAUGCCCCAGUGGCAGACCCUCUCCACGCAGCUGCUGGUCACAGAGAGCUACCAGCAGGGGCUCUGGGAGACCUGUGUGGUCCAGGAGCUGGGAGGCAUCGAGUGUCGACCGUAUGACAGCCUGCUUGCGCUGCCUCAGGACUUUAAGUUGGCUCGUAGUUUCAUGUGCAUAUCUUUGGCGUUGGGUCUGUUAGGGAUUCUGUUGGCCAUCCCUGGACUCCACCUUGUGAAGAGCUGUGGCCAGGGACCCGGGGGCCAGAGGGCCAAGAGGAUCCUGAAGGUGGUGGCCGGGGUUCUGGGGAUGGUGGCUGGGGUGUUGAGUCUGAUCCCUGCAUCCUAUGUGGCCCACCUGACAGUGGAGCGCUUCUUUGAUGAGACUUUGCCAGAGGUGGUGCCGCGUUGGGAGUUUGGUGAGGCCUUGUUCUGCGGUUGGGUGGCAGGGUUCCUUUUCCUGGUGGCUGGGUUCCUCCUGGUGGCAUCUUGUCUGGGUGCAGUGGUAGAUCAGUCCAGAGGCCAUCUGACUGACUCUCCGAGGAGGUAUGAUGUCCACAACGCCUCCAGGAAACCUCCAGAAUAUGUCUAAAGGAGAGGAAGACGAAGAGGAGAGAAAGAGAGGCUGUUUCAACCUCUUUUGAAAACAGCUAAAUAGCCUAAGAACCAGCCUCAUCACUGACUGACUGCUCUUUGACAGGCUGCAUCUUUAGCAGCAGACCCACUGCAACUUUCACACCUGUAGAGCUUGAUUACAGGUAAUUGCUGUCAGACACAAUUACUUUUGUAAGUAUAUGUUUCCAGAUAUUCCAGAUCACUUAUUUUACAUUUACAAUUUAAUCAUUUGAUCAUUCAGCUAAUGCUUUUAGUAAGUUAUGUUUGGAGUAUAUGUCCACUGGAUUUAAGAUGUAUUUGUGAAUAUAGUUAAUAUUAAUCAUAUACAUUUUGUUAAAUGCAUUCCACUGCAUUCCACAAUGAGUGUGGCAUUUAGGAUUCUCUUACAAUAGGACUGUACUGAAGUGUGACUUCUAUCCAGACUGGAAAGGAACUGUUCUCUAAAUCUGUUUUGGAGCCGUAGUUUAUGGAUGAUCAAGGCAACACUGCAGAGAUAUGAUGUUAUGACUGUAGUGUUUCCUAUAACAUGUUACUACUCUGUAGCUCCACACCACUGUGAUUAUAACAUGAUAAUAUUCACAUAUAGAGAUAAUGGAGUGCCUCUGUGAGCCUUAUUGUAACAGGGCAUUCAAAUAUACUUGAAAUAUACUUGACCAUUAAUCUUAAAUAUAACUGAUGAUUCACAUAGAUCUACUGUAUCUGACAAUUCCUAUUAAUAUACCUGAAAAAUGCAUGUAAAUAUAUCUGAUUAUACAUAGAAAUGUAUUUGAUUCAUAUAAAGAUGAACACAGUGAAAGAGUUGUCUUGUUGUAUUUUUAAAUACUGCAGGGUUGUAUGUAUGGUAAGUGUGUGUAA